AUGUGUUCUGUCAUGGGUGACGACCUUAAUGAUUCAGUUGCUACAUGCUGGAAGACAGUACUAUACAAUGUUCUUAUUGGAGUAGCUCUUGUUCUAAUCAUCAUCAUCACUAUAUGCGGCAACGUGAUAGUUUGUUUGGCUGUGGGAUUUGACCGAAGACUCCGUAGUUUGACAAACUGCUUUAUUGUCUCCCUGGCUAUAACAGACCUUUUGUUGGGUAUUUUGGUGCUACCAUUUUCAGCCUUGAACUUGUUACAUGAAGAAUGGCCUUUUGGAUCUACCUUUUGCAACAUUUACACCAGCUUGGAUGUCAUGUUAUGUACAGCUUCCAUUCUGAACCUCUUUAUGAUUAGUUUAGACCGCUACUAUGGAGUCACAGCUCCUCUGCGCUACUCCAUGCUUGUCACCCCAGGUCGUGUUGGCAUAGCUAUGGGUUUGAUAUGGGUAGUUUCUCUGAUGGUCUCAUUCCUUCCUAUACAUCUUGGGUGGAAUACAAAAGAUAAAACAAUCCAAAACUCUAGAGGUGAUGACAGCAAAGAAUGCAAAUUGGAGUUGAAUAAGGAGUAUGUAUUAGUGGAUGGUGUACUGACGUUCUACCUACCUUUAAUCAUCAUGUGUCUUAUGUACUAUAGAAUAUUCAAGAUUGCCAGAGAGCAAGCUAAAAGAAUUAAUCAUGCCAGCUGCUGCAAUGCCGUCAGUCCUACACUACCUACAGUUCGGGAGCAUAAAGCUACUGUGACACUUGCAGCUGUGAUGGGUGCGUUCAUCAUUUGCUGGUUUCCCUAUUUCACUGUUUUCACUUAUGAAGGAGUAAAUGAUAUUGAAGUAGAUGAAACUGCUUUCUUAAUAGUACUGUGGUUAGGCUAUGCAAACUCUGCUCUAAAUCCAAUUCUGUAUGCUGCUUUGAAUAGAGACUUCCGUACAGCUUACCAACGACUUCUACACUGUAGGCGUGUGGGCCCCUUAAGCCAUGAGACCCCUCUAACCCUGCUCCAUAUACGCCGCUCAGAAGAAAGGACUCUACAGGUCAUGGAAAACUUGCAGGGGGACAAGACACACAAUAUUCAAGAAAGCAAUGGAAAAGAAUUUAGCCCCUUCAUCAAAAAUGUAGCAGAAAGGUAA